AGGAUUGGUUGGAUGGCCACCAGUUCGGGCUUUUAGAAUGAAUAACAUGGCCAACCAGUACAAAGACAGCAUUCCUGAAUCUAAUACAAGUGAACAGAAGAAGAAAAUCCACAACUCCAACUUGAAACAGAAAGCCAUGGUUUCCAAAGAGAUCAAAGACAACAAGAACUUUGAUGGCUCUCGUUUCGUUAAGGUGAAAAUGGAUGGUGAUCCUAUUGGUAGGAAAGUUGAUUUAAAUGCACAUGAAUCGUACAAAACACUUGCCCUUGCUCUGGAGAUCAUGUUCUACAAACCCACCUCUUCUUAUGGAAUGAAACCAUUGAAGCUAUUAGAUGGUUCUAAUGAGUUUGCACUGACGUAUGAAGACAAAGAUGGGGACUGGAUGUUGGUUGGAGAUGUUCCAUGGAGGUAAUGGUUAAUAUUAGUCUCAUAUCUUAAAGUUCCUAGAUUUGACA